AUGGAGAGCAUUGCUCAUCGGCGCGCCUCGACGCACCAGCGCCGUCCCACGGAGGUGCUGCUCCACGGGAGCGACGCGCCGGCGUGCGACCGGCUGCGCGCGCUGCGCAAGGCCGCCGUCGUCGACGGCCUCGACGGCGCCGCGCGCCCCGUCGCCUGGAAGCUGCUGCUGGGCGUGGGCCGCUGCGACGCGAAGCGCUACGGCGCGCUCGUGGCGCGGGGCCCCUGCGGGUCCGGCGAGUCCAUCGAGGCCGACGCGCGGCGCACGUUCCGGUCCGGCGGCGCCGCGCGCGUCGACGAGGCGCGGCUCGCGCGCCUGCUGAACGCGCUCGGCCACGAGCUCGAGGCGCGGCGCGGCGGCCCCGACGCGGCCCGCGCGCCGACGCGGCGGCGCAGCGCGAGCUCCGACGGCGCGCCGCGGCCGCCGCCGCCGCCGCCGCGCUCGCCCGGCGCCGCGGCGACGGCGGGGCCGAACCGGUCGUCGAUCGCGGGCGUGCUGCUCCACGCGCUGCCGAGCGAGCUCGAGGCCUUCUGGUGCCUCGAGGCGCUCGUCGCGGCCAAGGCGCCGACCUACUUCACGCCGAACCUCGGGGGCGCCGCGGCGGGCGCGUGCCUCGUGGACCGGUGCCUCGCGGUCGUCGACCCGGAGCUCUACGCGCGGCUCACGCCGCCGCCGCCCCCCGCGUCGCGGCGCGGCGCGCGGCCGCUGGAGGACCUCUUCGCGUUUCCUUUGCUCGCGUCGCUCUUCGCGUGCGCGCCGCCGCUGGCCGAGGUCGUCGUGCUCUGGGACGCGCUCCUCGCGCUGGGCGUCCACAGCGGCGUGCUGCUCUGCGCCGCGCUCUGCGUGUCGCUCCGCGACGAGCUGCUCCUCGACCCGGACCCCUUGGCGCGGCUCCAGCCCCGGAACCUCCCGCCGCUCGACGGCCGGCGCCUCGUCGCGGGCGCCGCGCGCCUCGCGCCGAAGAUCCCGCCGCCCCUCUUCGACCUCGUGCUCCGCCACCCCGUCGACGUCGUCGACCGCGCGGCCAUCCUCGCGUGCGUCGGCGACGGCGACCCGGGGAAACCGCCGCCGCCGCCGAAGCCCCGCCGGUCGUCGCUGAUCAUGUAA